AUGGCUAGCUACUCUGUUUCCUCUGUUCUGAAAUGGCUGGUUCUUGUUCUUCAACUAGUUGUCUUGUUGAAUCAGCAUGGUGCUGAUUCUGCUUCUAUCAUCAAGUUUCUUCCUGGUUUUGAUGGGCCCCUUCCCUUUGAGCUCGAAACCGGGUAUAUUGGUGUUGGUGAGGAAGAGGAAGUGCAAUCUUUCUACUACUUCAUCAAGUCUGAGAGGAACCCGAAAGAAGAUCCUCUUGUUCUCUGGCUAAGUGGAGGACCUGGAUGCUCUUCCAUCUCUGGCCUUCUUUACGAGAAUGGGCCUUUGACUAUGAAGCUUGAUUUUUACAAUGGAACUCUUCCUUCCUUGGUCUCUACUACAUAUUCAUGGACAAAGACUUCAAGCAUUAUAUUUUUGGAUCAGCCUGUUGGAACUGGCUUCUCCUACUCAAGAACUCAUCUUUCUAAUAAACCGAGUGAUUCAGGAGAAGCCAAAAGGAUCCAUGAGUUUCUACAAAAGUGGCUAGGCAAGCAUCAAGAGUUUUCCUCCAACCCUUUCUAUGUCGCCGGAGAUUCUUAUUCCGGUAUGGUUGUUCCGGCUACUGUUCAAGAAAUCUCGAAAGGAAAUUAUGAAUGCUGCAAUCCUCCAAUAAAUCUUCAGGGCUAUUUGCUCGGUAACCCGUUAACAGAACCUGAAACUGAUUUUGACUACGCCAUUCCAUAUGCUCAUGGAAUGGCACUGAUCUCUGAUGAGCUCUACGAGUCGCUGAAGAGAAUAUGCAAAGGAAAAUAUGAAAAUGUUGAUCCACGUAACACAGAAUGUUUGAAACUCGUUGAAGAAUAUCAUAAGAUUUAUCGGUAUUUGCUAUCUACCUACUGGGCCAACGACGAAACCGUACGCAAAGCUCUUGGAAUCAAUGAGGAGAGUAUAGGGGAAUGGGUACGAUGUGAUCGCGAUCUUUCUUACACUAAAGACAUUAAAAGUAGUGUACCUUACCAUAUGAAUAACAGCAUCAAUGGCUAUCGUUCUCUCAUCUUCAGUGGUGAUCACGAUCUGUCACUACCUUACCUUGGAACUCAAGAUUGGAUAAGAUCUCUCAACUAUUCUAUUAUUGAUGAUUGGAGACCAUGGAUGAUAAAAUCUCAAAUCGCUGGGGAGGUGGACACACACCAGAGUAUAAACCAGAGGAAAGCUUUAUCAUGUUUCAAAGGUGGAUCAAUGGCCAACCUCUGUAAAAGAGGAGAGUGGCCUUCACGUAUAAAAGACAAGAAAUUGUGA